AUGAACAAAUUCAAAUCCCCUGAUCAAAAACAAUCCAAAGCAGAAAUCUCUGAAAAUAUUCAGAUUUCCCACGAAAUCAAUAAAAAAUUCCAGCAAAUAGAAAACUUUCAGUCGUCUUUAGAAACUAGGCUUCUAUAUGUAACACAGAUAGUAAAACUCCAACAAGAUUAUAUUGAUGACUCCCCCCCUUUAAAUUGGAACAAAAUUUAAUUUUAUUAAUAAAAAAUUUUAUAUAUAAAAAUCAUAAUUUUUAUGUAAAAGGUUUUUUGUAUAAGCCAAAUGUUUCUUCUUAACUAAAUUAAAAGUUUAGUUAUAUCCUGCUCUUGUUUAAAGAAUAGAGUAUAAAGAGCAUUUUUAUUUAAAUAAAUUUAUUAUCCUGAUUCUAAAUUUUUAAAAAAAAUUAAUUGUUUUUUUUAAUAUUUUCAAAAAAAAUUUUAUUUUUUUCGAUAAAAAUGAUAUUUUUUAUUUAAAUAAUUUUGAUAUAAAUUCAAUGUGAAUUCUUUACAAAAAUUGAAAAUUUCUAUAUCUCUUGCUUUUUUUUUAAAGAAUAGAGUAUAAAUAGCAUCUCAUUUAAACAAAAUUAGCACUUGAUUAAUAAAUUUUCUAAAAGUUUUUUUAUCAAUAGAAAUAAUAAUUUUUUGUGUAAAAUAGUUUUGAUACCAAUUAAUAGUGGCGUGCUAAUUAAUAAUAAAAUUUUAGUUAUAUCUUGCUUUGUUUUAAAGGAUAAAGAGUAAACAGCAUUUUAUUAAACAAAUUUAUUAAUCUAAUUCGAUAAGUUUUUGAAUUUUUUUUUUAAAAAAUUUUCUUAACCCCCUUUAAAUUGAAACAAAAAUUUUUUGUUCCAAUUUAAAAGGGGGGGAGUGAGAAAAAAUCUUCAGAAGUAGCAGACAUGCAAAAGCAUUUUUCUGAAAUUUUAUCUAGAAUAGAAAAAUUAGAAACAAAUGAGAGAAGCUUAAGCUCGCUAAAACAUACCAUGAAUGGUAUUGAGAAUAGAAUCAUUUCAUUAGAAGAAAAAGUUAUGAAGCAAAGUGUGAGAGAAAAUGGGCAAAAUCUUCAAAUUCUCAUAGAAAAAUGUGAUGAGAAGCUUACGAAUCAGAUAAAUGUUGUUAAAGAUGCUGCGAAGGAAAGAGAAGAUUUACUUGCUCCCCUCUCCGUGAGCGAAAAAAAAAUUUGUUCCUCAAGGAGAAGUUUUUUCAAAAUUUAAAAAAGAAAAAUUUGUAAAAUCGAGAAGUAAAAAUUAGUUUAAUUUGUAAAAUUUAUUUUUAAAAUGCAAGGCUGUUUAAAAUAAAACAGAAUUUGUUAGAAAUUUCGUUAUAAUAAUUAUCAUUUAUAUAUCAAUUAUUUUUUUUCAUAAAAAAUUUUUUGUUCACUCACAGAGAGUGGGCUUUGGACAAAAAAUAAAAAUAGGAAUUUUUCAAUGCUUUUUUUGAUCACAGGGAAGUUAAAGAAAAAAUUUUUUCAAAUUUACAAAAAUUGCAGAGCCAAAUAGAGGCAAAUCCUAGGAAAAAAAUAAAAGGCUAUAAAGAUGAAGGAAAAAAAUCAGAGAAAAAGAUAAAAAUUGAUGAGAUUGAAAGAAUGAGAGAACUGCUUGAUAGGGAAAUAACUAAUAGAGAAAAAUCGAUGAUUGACAUAGCCCAAGUAGCCUGAAAUUCAGAAAAAACCUCCAACAGAGUGGCUGAAGGUAAAAAUUAAGUAGAAAAUUUAGCUAGAAUGGAAUAUUUUGAAAAAAGAUUAAGAGAGCUUGAAGAGAGAAUUGGUAGUGAAAACGAGAAUCCUAAUCUAAUUCGCAAAGAAAAUUCUUCUAAAGGCGAUAGUGCCAUGUUUGCUUCUUUCGGAGAAAAAGUAGAUAAUUCAAUUUCUUCUGGCCAAGUUUCAACAAAAGCCAAGAAAAAAACAAGAAAGAGAGCCCAAUCUGCUCUACAAAAAGCAAAAAAAUCAUCAGCAUCUGCAAGAAAGCUGAAAACUGAUAAAUAUAACAAAAAAUAA